ACUCGACGCGAGUCGGACCAGUGAACGAGUGUACAAUUAAUUUAUUCACUCAUGACCCGACCGAGCCGAAUAUUCAUUUCCCAGGUGUUCUGCACCUAAACGAACGUUCAAUGAGUUUUGACAUUUAUUUAAUUCCACGUUUUCUGUUAUCAAAAAUAUUUCGCGCCGUUCAGUAUUAUUUUGUUUAGUCAAGGUUAAGUGAUGUAAAAUGCAUGUAAUAAGAGUUCGUGUUAUACAAUUAUAAUGUGUUGAAAACAUUUCCUGAAACUGGAAAACUGAUUGGAGUCAAGGAAGAGAUUGAUUUUAAUUCUGUCCAGAGAAUAAAAUUUUCGAGAUGGUGCAGUCGGUGUUCGGAGUUUGGGACUACGCCAUCAUGGCGGCCACCAUGGUGAUAUCAAUAGCUAUCGGUCUAUAUUUCCGAUUCAGUGGAGGAAAACAGGCCACUAAUGAGGAAUAUCUGCUAGCAGACCGCAACAUGUCAAUAUUACCAGUGGCCGUAUCUCUAAUGGCUUCGUUCAUGUCAGCCAUCACACUACUAGGGGUGUCGGCUGAGAACUAUUAUUACGGCAUGCAGUUCGUAGUAAUCAACAUUUCAUACGGAGUUGCCACCCCUAUCGCCAGCAGAUUGUACUUACCAGUCUUCUUUGGACUGCAAAAAACCAGUACUUAUGAAUACUUAGAGAUGCGAUUCGGUCCGCAUAUCAGAAUGUUGGCAUCUUUGACUUAUACUUUACAAAUGGUGCUUUAUAAUGGUAUAGUUUUAUAUGCUCCUGCUAUAGUACUCGAGGCUGUGACAGGGUUAGACAGACUGAUCUCUAUAUUAGUGGUAGGAUUAGUAUGUACGUUUUACUCAACUUUGGGAGGGAUGAAGGCAGUUCUCUUUACGGAUCUCCUCCAAUCAGCUCUCAUGUUCGGAGCUGUGUUCAGCGUCGUAGUGUUUGCUUCCAUACAAGUUGGAAGCUUCGGACAAAUAUUUGCCAUCGCGAAGGAAGGUGGACGACUUGACUUUUCCAAUUUCAGCGUGAAUCCUACUGAGAGACACACUUGGUGGUCACUGAUUAUUGGAGGACUGGUGACUUAUCUGUCUUUGUAUGCUGUUAACCACACGCAGGUCCAACGGUUACAAACAGUGAACACAUUGGAGCGGUCCCAGAAAUGCUUGUGGUGGAGUUGGCCAGUUCUCAGCGUACUGAGUGUGGUCACCUGCAUCAGCGGUCUUGGCAUCUAUGCUGUUUACAAAGACUGCGAUCCUUUUGUUAGCCACAGUAUUACAGCGAUUGACCAGUUGAUGCCAUACUACGUGGUAGAUGCAAUGAAGAAUGUUCCCGGCUUGGCAGGACUCUUCGUAGCUGGCAUCUUUAGUGCCUCUCUCUCCACGAUCUCUGCAUCUUGCAACGCUUUAGCAGCUGUUACGUUACAUGACUACGUUGGCAGAUGGUGCAAGGUUCCUGCGUCCUACGCACCCUGGUUAACGAAGCUGGCGGCUUGUGGAUACGGUCUAGUGUUCCUAGCUUUGGCUUUCAUAGCUGAGUACCUUGGAGGAGUACUGCAGGCUGCCCUCACAAUUUUCGGAGCUGUUGGUGGACCGUUGCUGGGAGUCUUUACCCUUGGAAUGUUUACUACGUACGCUAAUGAAAGGGCAGUGUCCGUAGCUCUACUAAGUGGAAUGGCAAUGACGCUUUGGAUAAGUUUCGGAGGCCCGCGACCUCCAGUUACCAAGCUACCUCUCAGUGUUGAAGGGUGUGGCUUCUUCAACGUCACGCAGGCGGCUGUUGCACCCACCACCAACCCCAGUGAUUACUUCUACCUCUACAGAAUAUCUUAUAUGUGGACCAGUCCGAUCGGUUUCAUCUGGGUGAUCGUGGUAGGGACGGCGAUAUCCCUAUUAUGGCGUCAGAAACAGCCUUGGGAAAAGCAAGGCCGCUCACACCCGGACCCAGAACUCUUCACACCACCUUUAGCCAACAGGUUAAGGGCCAGACAUGAAGAGAAACCUGCAGUGCAGUGUAAACUGUUACAAUCGAAUGGCGUUCAAGAUUGAUUUACCAACUGUACUUACUUACGUAUUUAUUUAAGUAGACAAUUUUUUAUUUAAGUUAUUUUUUUAUAUAAAAUACCUAUAUAAUUACAAUGAUUGUGAUUCUUACUUUAAUUUUGUUCGCGUUGCUUUAUGGUACAUUCCUAGCUUACCAAUAUACGUUUGGUGCCCAUGGCUACGGUAAUAUUAACGGUUCUGUCACAAAUCUUAUGGGGAAAUAUUUUUCCUAAAGCCUAAAGUUUUGUAGUACUAAUUGAUUGUACGGUUGGCGCGGUGGCUGGGCAACUGGCUGCCGCGCAACGUGUCGCGGGUACGAUUCCCGCACGGAACAACU